AUGGCGGACCCUUCAACCUACACUGUUGGGUGGAUCUGCGCCUUGACAACAGAGCUAGUUGCGGCGAGGAGCUUCUUCGAUGAAGAAUACGAAGUGGCACUGGAAGCACAAGCUCCUGGAGACAACAACAGUUAUUCGUUCGGGAGAAUGGGGACGCAUGACGUUGUCGUGGCAUGUUUACCCAGAGCCGAGUACGGAAUAGCCCCAGCUGCAUCUGUAGCCAGAGACAUGUUACGAACCUUUCCAAAUAUUCGAGUUGGGCUUAUGGUCGGCAUUGGUGGCGGUGCCCCGAGCCCCGAGCAUGACAUUCGUCUUGGUGAUGUCGUAGUCAGUGUCCCCUCGGGAGCCAAAGGAGGAGUUCUUCAUCACAACCGCGGCAAGACAGUACAGGAGCAGGAGUUCCAAUUGACUGGAUCAUUGAAUCAGCCACCCCAAUUCCUUUUGACUGCUGUCGGGUCACUAGAAGCGGAUUACGAAGCUCAAGGCCAUGAACUGAACGAAAGAAUCGAAGAAGCACUCAGUAAACGACCUCGCCUCAAGAAACGGUAUGCUCGUCCCUCAGCAGAGACAGAUCGGCUCUAUGAAGCAAGCCACAUUCAUAGAGAAUCCCCAACAUCUACAGCAUGCAAAGACAACUGUGGCGAAGAAAACUUCAUCGCUCGAGAGGCCCGAGGUGAUGGUGAUGAUGACCCAAUGAUCCAUUAUGGUCUCAUUGCCAGCUCUGACAAGCUCAUGAAGGAUGCAACUGUACGGGACAAUCUGGCAAAGGAAGAGGGCGUACUGUGCUUUGAGAUGGAAGCAGCUGGCUUGAUGAAUCACUUCCCCUGUCUGAUUAUCCGCGGGAUCUGCGACUAUGCCGACUCUCACAAGAACAAAGAAUGGCAAGGCUUUGCGGCAAUGACUGCUGCAGCUUAUGCGAAGGAGUUGCUUCAGAAGAUUCUACCAACCAACAUACAACACCAGAAGCCUCUUGCGGAAGUACUCGGCGAAAGUGAGUAA